GGGUCUUAGAGUUGUGCCACGCAGGAUACUUAGUUGAGGCAUGUGGGAUCUAGUUCCCUGACCAGGGGUUGAAUCCAGACCCCCCUGCUUUGGGAGCAUGGGUCUUAACCCCUGAACCACCAGGGAAGUCUCGGGGCUACGUUCUGUCUUGAAGAGGAUGUGCAUGGUAUAUGCGUGCCUGUGUGUGUGAAAGAGAGAGAGAAGGGUGGGGGGUGGGCGCAAAUGCAUGAGGUUAUGUACACGUAGGAGAAGGAGAAUGAAAGGAACAGGAUUGAAAGGAGAGAGGGACCUCAGUGUAAACCUGCAGAAGAACUGUCACCGCCUCACAUCCUUUCCGCUCAGAGCUGCCUCCCACAAGGAGCUCAUAUGCCUUUUAUCCAAAGCACCCUCUUGCCCAGGCCCCCAAGGAAGGCCCCAGUGACCUACCCAGCCCUAGCGGACCCUGCGCUUGCUGGAUGUUGGGGGUGGGCCACAAAAGCCCUGUGUUCCCGCCCGUCCUUUCCCCGUCCUCCCUGGUGCUGCUUUAUAGCCGGCAUAUGGAAACUGUUUCUGUUUACCCAGAGCCACCCCGAUGCUGCUGCACGCUGUGCUCCAGCGAACGGAAACCUUGGAUUCCCCGCAGGGUCGUUUGAGAGGCGGCAUGCAAAGCCGCCAGCUGUUCUGCAGGGAGUGUCUGGGCCCUGUUACAUCAGCGUGGUGGAAGCGUUACCAUCUGUGCAAACAGGUCAUCCUGGUUUAUCUGCCUGUCCUCUGUGUGGGGAACGCCUCUCCUACUUGGAGGCAGCUUUUGUUGUUGUGGUUGUAGUCACGCUGUUUUGUAUUCCACCGCCUGCCAGUUCAGCCGUUUUCUUUCUGUUGCUUGUUCUCCACGUUUGGCUCCCCGGGCUGAUUGCCAGGAUGUAGGGAGGGGAGUUUAGGAGUAGGUGUUGCAUAAAUGUUUAGUGGCAAAGGUCAGUGGGGCCUGAAAAGGCUGCAGACCAGCUUUACAGGAGAGCUCUUUGCCCAGGACACCCGGAGUACAGAACAAAGUGUUUUUCUCUUCAGGGACUGGGGCGGGGGUGACUUUUCCCAGAGGCGCAGAGUGGGAACUUCCAGGUUGCCAAGAGUGUUCAGCUUUCUCUGGCCCUUUUCAAACCUCCCCGGAGUGGAGAAGCUGGUUGGCUUCUAGGAGCCAAGGAGCUAGCCAAGAAGACUGCCGCUCCCACCCUCCUGUGCUGCUGUGUAUCUUGUUCCCCCACUUCUUUCCUCCCGUUUCCAGCUGCCUCCCAGGAAAGGCGGAAAUGCAGAGGCGAGGGCCAGCCAUCAUCUUCCUGGAGGAGGCAGCGGAGGGCCAGCUCCCUGACAGCCCCAUGGAGAGGUCAUCCCGUCUCCUCCAGCUGGGCCCUUGUGGUAUGCCUUGACCUGGCCAUGGAUGGAGGCAAAUAUACCGUCCACGACUCCCAGGCCCCCAGUCUGAGCUUAGAGGGUGAGAACUCCCCCUCCAGCCCCACUGGACAUGACUGGGAGAUGAAUUAUCAAGAGGCAGCAAUCUACCUCCAGGAAGGCGAGAAUAACGACAAGUUCUUCACCCACCCCAAGAACGCCAAAGCUCUGGCGGCCUACCUCUUCGCACACAACCACCUCUUCUACCUGAUGGAGCUGUCCGCGGCCUUGCUCCUGCUGCUGCUCUCCCUGUGCGAGGCUCCCGCCGUCCCCGCGCUCCGGCUGGGCAUUUACGUCCACGCAACCCUGGAGCUGUUCGCCCUGGUGGUGGUCGUGUUUGAACUCUGCAUGAAGUUGCGGUGGCUGGGCCUUCACACCUUCAUCCGGCACAGAAGGACCAUGGUCAAGACCUCCGUGCUGGCGGUGCAGUUCGUGGAGGCCAUCGUGGUGCUGGUGCGGCAGACGUCACACAUGCGGGUGACCCGGGCGCUGCGCUGCAUCUUCCUGGUGGACUGUCGGUACUGCGGCGGCGUCCGGCGCAACCUGCGUCAGAUGUUUCAGUCCCUGCCGCCCUUCAUGGACAUCCUCCUGCUUCUCCUCUUCUUCAUGAUCAUUUUCGCCAUCCUCGGUUUCUACUUGUUCUCCCCUAAUCCUUCAGACCCCUACUUCAGCACCCUGGAGAACAGCAUCAUCAGUCUGUUUGUCCUUCUGACCACCGCCAACUUCCCAGAUGUGAUGAUGCCCUCCUACUCCCGGAACCCCUGGUCCUGCGUCUUCUUCAUCGUGUACCUCUCCAUUGAGCUGUAUUUUAUCAUGAACCUGCUCCUGGCCGUGGUAUUUGACACCUUCAAUGACAUCGAGAAACGCAAGUUCAAGUCUUUGCUGCUACACAAGCGAACCGCCAUCCAGCACGCCUACCGCCUGCUCGUCAGCCAGCGGAGGCCUGCCGGCAUCUCCUACAGGCAGUUCGAAGGCCUGAUGCGUUUCUACAAGCCCCGGAUGAGUGCGGGGGAGCGCUAUCUCACCUUCAAGGCCCUGAAUCAGAGCAACACGCCACUGCUCAGCCUGAAGGACUUUCAUGAUAUUUAUGAAGUUGCCGCCUUAAAGUGGAAGGCAAAGAGAAAUAGAGAACACUGGUUUGAUGAGCUUCCCAGGACAGCAUUCCUCAUCUUCAAAGGAAUUAAUAUCCUUGUGCAGUCCAAGGCCUUCCAGUAUUUCAUGUAUUUGGUGGUAGCGGUCAACGGGGUCUGGAUCCUCGUGGAGACCUUCAUGCUGAAAGGUGGGAACUUCGUCUCCAGGCACGUGCCGUGGAGUCACCUCAUCUUUCUGACUAUCUACGCGGUGGAGCUGUUCCUGAAAGUUGCCGGCCUGGGCCCCAUUGAAUACCUGUCCUCCGGAUGGAACCUGUUCGACUUCUCUGUCACAGCCUUUGCCUUCCUGGGACUGCUGGCUCUGGCCUUCAACAUGGAGCCCUUCUACUUCAUAGUGGUCCUGCGUCCCCUCCAGCUGCUGAGGUUGUUUAAGCUGAAGAAGCGUUACCGCAACGUGCUGGACACCAUGUUUGAGCUGCUGCCCCGGAUGGCCAGCCUGGGCCUCACUCUGCUCAUCUUCUACUACUCCUUUGCCAUCGUGGGCAUGGAAUUCUUCUGUGGAAUCCUCUACCCCAACUGCUGCAAUACCAGCACAGUGGCAGACGCCUACCGCUGGCUGAACCACACCGUGGGCAACAGGACCGUCGUGGAGGAGGGCUAUUACUAUCUCAAUAAUUUUGACAACAUCCUGAACAGCUUUGUGACCUUGUUCGAGCUCACGGUUGUCAACAACUGGUACAUCAUCAUGGAAGGUGUCACCUCCCAGACCUCGCACUGGAGCCGCCUCUACUUCAUGACCUUCUACAUCGUGACCAUGGUGGUGAUGACCAUCAUUGUGGCCUUCAUCCUCGAAGCCUUUGUCUUCCGAAUGAACUACAGCCGCAAGAACCAGGACUCGGAAGUGGACGACGGCAUCACCCUGGAGAAGGAGCUCUCCAAAGACGAGCUGGUCGCAGUUCUGAAGCUCUACCGGGAGGCAGGGGGAGCCAACUCAGACAUCGCCCAGCUGCUCAAGAUCCUCUCCCAGCUGGAGAGAUAUGAGCAAAAUACCUUGGUGUUUCUGGGACGGAGAUCAAGGACCAAAAGCGACCUGAGCCUCAAGAUGUACCAAGAGGAGAUUCAGGAGUGGUAUGAGGAACAUGCCCGCAAGCAGGAGGAACAACAGCGACAGCACAGCAGCUGCGUGGUCCCCGCCACCCAGCAGCCUCCAGGCAGCCGCCAGCGCUCCCAGACCAUCACCUAAGCCCAGCCUGCAAAAGCCAUCUCUUCUAUGCAAUAACACAAUAGUAUUAUUUUACUACAAUGUAUCAAAGUAAUGUAUGUGUAUAUAUGUAUAUGUUAUAUAUAUGUAUACACAUCCAUAUAUAUAUGCACAUAUUUAUAUACAGAAGGGAGAAAAAAGCUGACAAGAUGGGGUUUGGUUUAUAACCGCCUUAUCCUGUUUAACCCUGGAAGUCGGCUUCGUCUCGGGGGCGGUCAGGCCACCAAGGGCGGCUCUUAACGUGGAAGGCUCCAGAAGGCCCCUUCACAAGAGCACGUGAAUAGACCUGCCAGUCUCUGCAGAGCUGGCCUUCACAGUGGGCCCGCAUGCCUGUCGCACCGUCUUCCUGACGCUGCUCUCAGAAUCCUUCCCCGCCCGGCAGCCUCCCCACUGACCUGCCCUACGGCCCAGGGCUCCUGUGUCCUGCUUUGGGGACAAAACCACUUAGGAAGGAAAGAGCCCACAUCCUCGGGAUGGUAUUUCUCCAUAUGUGAUGAUCAUGGAAUGGGUGUUCCCUUGGGAAACCAGUACCCAGCAAGCACCUGCUGGAACGAGUGAUCCAGGGCCAUGGGUACUCCAUGUGGUCAGAUCUCAGCUAGUGCCGGGCGGCCAGAGAUUCUGUAUCCUGGCUCCAUGAGCCUUCUCACCUACCGUAAGUUUUAACCCUUGUUGCUGAAAAUGCUUCUAAGAUGGUCCAUAGGAGGAGGAGAACAGGCCCGAGGC